AGUACAGGACGCCGCACUUCUCAUAGCCCGGCACGCACCAGCGAGGAGUGGUAGGACCCCAAGGACCUCAAGAACCUCUCAUGUCCCCACGUCAACGCCCCUCCACGACAAGGACCUCUGAAGUACAGUAUCACCACCGCCCUCAACGCAGGCCCUCUUGUUUAUAUCUGAAACCCCCGUUAGACAGGUUAGUCUAACUUUAGACUUAGUCCAUCACAUCAGCGUCUCUCCAGAACGGCUGCGUCUCCCCAUUACAGCUGCUGGAUUAUCAGGUUCACAAUACAGGAGCUACAGUAACUCCGCACCUAACCCAUACCAGGAGGCUUCUUCACGCGUCCAGUCCUCAGCAAGAUUAACUUCAACAACACGUCUGUGACAAGAACUCACUUUCCCACCCCCCUAUAUCAAUGCAAUGAUCGUGGUGACACUUCUGCCUGUGUAAACUUGCGUAUGGCGUGUACGUUACUGCUACUGUAAACUUGGACGCAGAGCACGUCGUUACAGUUGUAAACAUUGAUAAAACGUUUAUAUCGGUGUCAGUGUAAAUCUUAAUACACAGGGUGUGAUAAGGUCCCUCCCUGCCUACCCACAAUGCCUGUACUCCAGGACCUGUGGUUGACCAUGACCACAAUCCUCGUCACUACUCUACUGUGUAUGGCCUACAGGCCUAGACAAAUCUCCUCCAGGAUAAAGCAACAAGGUAUGUGUGGGAACGCCACGUUAGUGGCAGACCUCAUCCGGAAGGGAAAUUGUCGGCCCGUGGAGCAACCGGUGCCAGUGCCUAUCCCCAGUGGCUACGAGUCUGUGACUCCAGCUGUGGUGAUGGUGACCAGGUGUCAGGGUCUAAGCUGCUAUCCCAGCUCCUACAGCUGCAUCCCUCUCUACGUCACCGACCUCAUCAUCCCGGUGUACGCCCACGCCCACAGGAGAACCAGAACCUGCAUGGAGGUGAAGGUGGAACAGCACACAGGCUGCCGCUGUGCCUGUGAUAGAACCUGUCCUGUCAACCAGGUGCUUAAUAAUAAGGAUGAGUGCGCAUGCGUGUGCGACUCAAAGGAACAAGAGAUGUGCGAGGUGCGUCAGCGCCUGUGGGACGCCACCACGUGCUCCUGCGUCUGCCCGCCCGCACUCGUCUCCCAGUGCUCGUCCGGGGAGGUCUUUAUCCCGGAGCUGUGCAGGUGUGAGCUGUACUGAGCCCUGAAGACCACCUGCCACAGUACAACAUCCGCGCCACCAGGACACACGCAGGUCUUCACUGGGACACUAACAGAGAGGAGAGGAGUAUCAGGCCGUGGAGGUUCUUCACGGCCACAGAAGACAUGCCGACAUUAAGGGAACAUCAUCCAGGUGCCAUUCGAGGGACGUUCUGUCUUUAAAACACACACUUGACGCCUAAAGGACGUUCAAACACGAAGUUCAUGCACGUGUAAUGGAAUUCUUGACAUCGUCUGUUACAGAGUAGCAGUCAAGGCAAGGUUGAGGUUUAAUGAUCAAAGUGUUUGGUAAGGGAGGGCUCACAAGAGCUAAAUAAACCAUCUGACACAAAA